GAUAUUGCCCGUUGUCACACUUUUGCGUGCUUUAUGUUUUUAAUACCGACCAAAUUGUUCGAUUUUCUAACAAAAAUUAAUAUUUAAAAAUAUACAACGAUGUCAGAUGGCGACUUAGAUGCCCUACGCGCCCAGCGCAUGUCCCAGAUGCAGUCGCAAUUCGGCGGCGGCGGUGGCAACGAUGCCGAAAAACAGCAGGCCCAGCAGGAGCAGAUGCGUGCCCAGGAGGAGAUGAAGCACUCGAUUCUCUCCCAAGUGCUCGACCAGCAGGCACGUGCCCGCCUCAACACACUGAAAGUGAGCAAGCCGGAGAAGGCCCAAAUGUUCGAGAACAUGGUCAUCCGCAUGGCUCAGAUGGGGCAGGUGCGCGGCAAACUGGACGACGCUCAGUUCGUGAGCAUCCUGGAGAGCGUCAACGCGCAGAUGCCGCAGAGCAAGUCGACGGUGAAGUACGACCGCCGUCGGGCGGCCAUAGACAGCGACGAUGAUGAGGAUUAUGGCUGCUGAUUGCAGAUGCUCCGUCUCCUACUCAGGGGCAGCCCGUAGCCUCAUAGGUCUAAGUUCUCUUUGCUAAAUACUUUUAUUUCUUAAUAACUUAAAACGAAAACAAGAUGCA